GGGCGCGGCGGGAGGAUGCCGAAGCCGACGCUGCUGCUGCGCGGGGGCUGGGAGCGCGAGCGCAGCCCCGGGGACUCAGAGCUGGGCCGCCAGUUCCGGGACUGGUGCCUGCGCACCUACGGCGACUCGGCCAAAACCAAGACGGUGACACGCAGCAAAUACCAGCGGAUCGCCGAGGUCCUGCAGGGCGGCGGCGGGACCGGCGCGGGCAGCGGCCCGGCGGCCGGCGAGAAAGGCAAGUUCCAGUUCUGGGUGCGCUCCAAGGGCUUCCGCCUGGGCAGCGGCCGGGAACCCAAGAUGGGCCAAGUGGUGUAUGUGCCGGUCAAGACGGGCUCGGGGGCAGAUGGCCUGUCGGAGCCGGAGGGCCUGUCUCUGAAGCGGGUCGCUGUGGUGGAAGAUUUCUUUGACAUCAUCUACUCGAUGCAUGUGGAGAGCUCAGCAGAGCCAGGCAAAGCCCCCAAGCACGCUGGGCAGAAGAAAACCUACCGAGCGAUCGCGGAGACGUACGCCUUCCUCCCUCGGGAGGCUGUGACCCGCUUCUUGAUGAGCUGCACUGAGUGUCAGAAGAGGAUGCACUUUAAUUCCAAUGGCCUGGAGCCCAAAGAAAAUGAGCCACCAUCUCCUCUGGUCUCUGGGAUUAUUGAUUACAACAUGCCCCUCACCUCCACGUACCUGAAACAGAUGAAGUUGCGUGUGAUGAAUUCCCAGGAGCAGGAUGAGACUUCAGUGAGCAGUGAAGAUUUUGAUAUGAAUGACUCCACAUGGAUGUCAGCUGACCCACACCUGGCCUCCAGCCUGAGUCCCAGCCAGGACACAAGGAUGCGGAGCCCGCAGAACCUCCACAGCCAAGAGGACGAUGAUUCCUCCUCCGAGAGCGGCAGUGGCAAUGGCUCCUCCACCUUGAACCCGUCCACAUCGAGCAGCACGCAGGGCGACCCUGCCUUCCCUGAGAUGAAUGGCAACGGUGCCGUGGCCCCCAUGGACUUCACUGCCACCGCUGAGGACCAGCCCAUCAAUCUGUGCGACAAGCUCCCGCCGGGCACAGCACUAGGCACACCCUCCUUCCCCUCAGAUGGAUGUAGUGCCGAUGGACUGCGGAGUCGCGUCAAGUACGGGGUGAAGACCACUCCCGAGUCCCCCCCCUACAGCUCUGGGAGCUACGAUUCCAUCAAGACGGAGGUCAGCGGCUGCCCUGAGGACCUGACGGUGGGCCGGGUGCCCACUGCAGAUGAGGACGACGACGACCACGACGACCACGAGGACAAUGACAAGAUGAAUGACUCGGAGGGGAUGGACCCGGAGCGCCUCAAGGCCUUCAAUAUGUUUGUGCGUCUCUUUGUGGACGAGAACCUGGACCGCAUGGUGCCCAUCUCCAAGCAGCCCAAGGAGAAGAUCCAGGCCAUCAUCGAGUCAUGCAGCCGGCAGUUCCCCGAGUUCCAGGAGCGCGCCCGCAAGCGCAUUCGCACGUACCUCAAGUCCUGCCGGCGCAUGAAGAAGAACGGCAUGGAGAUGACUAGACCCACUCCUCCCCACCUGACCUCCGCCAUGGCAGAGAACAUCCUGGCAGCUGCCUGUGAGAGCGAGACAAGGAAAGCAGCCAAAAGGAUGCGUCUGGAGAUCUACCAGUCCUCACAGGACGAGCCCAUAGCCCUGGACAAGCAGCACUCCCGGGACUCCGCAGCCAUCACCCACUCCACCUACUCACUGCCAGCCUCCUCCUACUCCCAGGACCCUGUGUACGUCAAUGGUGGCCUCAACUACAGUUACCGCAGUUAUGGGGCCUUGGGCAGCAACCUGCAGCCCCCUGCUUCCCUCCAAACAGGAAAUCACAGUAAUGGGCCCACGGACCUCAGCAUGAAAGGCGGGGCCUCCACCACCUCCACCACGCCCACCCCCACCCCCUCCAGCAACAGCACCAGCAGGACCGUGCCCGCUGCCCAGCUCAGCCCCACAGAGAUCAGUGCUGUGCGGCAGCUCAUCGCCGGCUACCGAGAGUCAGCUGCCUUCCUCCUGCGCUCGGCAGAUGAACUGGAGAACCUCAUUUUACAGCAAAACUGACCGCCGCACCCGGAGCGCGCAGCCCUCGGGAAGGAGGCCGCCCGCGCGGGCCCAGCGUCCUGCCUCGGCAGCUGGUACACUUUGUUCUUGAGAGAGGUGGGAUCCCAAAAAGCUGUUUCUAGCCACACUCCAAGCACCUGAGACUUUGGGCACAAGGACACUUUUUUUUUGGAAUCUCGCCACACGGGUGCUCUGACCUGCUUGGAAGAGGCCAUGGGCAGCUUUGGAAGGGCUGGGGUGCUUUAACCCAGCACUGGGCUGCAGCUCUGUCGAGAGUAACUUUUGUGGACCCUGAUGUUAGAAUCCUGCCCCAGAUAAUUACCUUUCAAGUCUUAGGUGAGCAGAAUUGCAUAUUUAUUGAGAAAAGCAAAGUGGACCCUCUCUUCCUCUACCCUUAGUAAUUUAUUUUUCUGAAAAUGGAUUCUUUUGUGUUUGUACAGAUUGCCAGUCUGUGUCUGUCUGAUCAGAAGGGUGUGUCCCUGUGACCUAACAUUCCAUAGCACUACACUGACGUGGGCUGGGCUGCCAGGGCAGGGUGGGCGGCUGGUAGGCAGCCCUCGGAGCGCACAGCGCACCCUCAACAGGCAGCCGCCCAGCCAGGCCGCCCUGCAGCCGAUCCCAGCACUGCUACAGGGGCGCUGUGGGCACCUCCACAGGACCUGCCACGGGGGAGGGCCUCUCACACCCCUUACAAAGCAAAAACAAACAAGGCAUCCCCACCCCAUGCUCCAGAAGCCCCAGUCCCACGUUCACCCGUAUUCUACCUCACACUCCAGCGUGGGCUUUUUCCAGGAUGUGCCCUGAGCCUGUUCCGAAUGGCUGUCACCCCACUCCCCUGCACAGUGUCUGCCUGCCUGGGAGGUAAGUCCAGACCAGUGGUCCAGAAGCUGAGCCCAGGGGGCCCCUUGCUCUCAUAACCAGCCACCUGCAGCCCCUGGCCCUGCCCUCUCAGCUGUUCUAGGGGACAGAGUGGCGGGGGAUGAGCUGGACAGCAGGGCCCUUGCCCUCACCCUGCUCCCGCGUCAGGGGUCCUUGGACUCCUGCCGCAAAGGGCCUGUCUCUUCAGGGUGAGCAACUGCUGUCAGGCAGCCCAGACUAGGGAAGGUAGCCGCCUUUGUGGCCCGGGGUGGACUGUAAUGCUCUCUUCUGGCCCUGUGGUUGGAAUAUAGAGAUCAGCAGCAGAAGCAGAGAAGCCACUUGGGUGUGCCUAGGAUCAGCCCUUCUUCCAGAGGUGCCAGUCCUGGAACAAACCCAUAAUCCCUGGAGUGUGAAAAAGGGCAAAACGAAAGGCUGGCCUGGUUUCCUUCCUCCCUGAUAGGCACUUCCUCUUGCUCAGUGCAAUACCUACCAGUGCUGCUAAAACCAGGGACUCGCCCGGACCUCAGAAGGCCCCUGGGGCCUCUCCACGCACCAUGUUCUGUAGCCAUGACCGCAGCCCCGCUGCCCCCGUGCACAGGCGCGCUCCUGCCCGUCCCUGCCCAGAUGGCAGAACCCCUCUGUUGCCUUUCCUUCCUCCGAGCAAAGGGGCCCCUGGGGAGCCAGGGCCAUGGACUGCCAAGACAGCCACAGAGAGCCACUUGAUCCCGGGGCAGGAUCCCCUUCCCAAACCAGCUCUUCUGCAGCCAACUGCCUGUUGCAGCAAAGGCCACUGCCUCCUGGCACCGUGGCAGACCACCCCUCAGGAGGACAAGGGAGGGGACUCCAGCACGUAUGCCCCCACGCUGCCUCGGAUUCAUGACUGAGCUGUGGGCCUUAGAAAGGUAGGGUGCCCUCACCCCAUGCUUGCUUCCACCCCUAGAGGCUGGGGUGGUCUUUUCUCAAGUGGCCUCCAACACCUCACCUAGGCACACCUCUUGCCUUCCUUCCAUCUGACCAGUUCCCAGGCCUCCCAUCAGGGCCAGGACACCAGACACGCACCCUUAACCAGACACACACCCUCAGCACAGCACAAAACUUCAGUGCCCACAGCCUCUCCCACAGCCCAGCCACCCACCUGUCGAGACCCACUCCAUCUCCAUACUACUCCCAGACAUUUGAAUUUGUGUAAAUAUUUAUUUUUGUGUGUGGACAAUACUACAAAGUAAUCAGUAGAUCUUCUGCAAAAUGUUACCCCCGGCAAUUUGUGAAAAUCUUAAUGUUAAAAAAUGGCAGAGACAA